GGAAACCUCCUCCACAGGCUGCUGCUUGCGAUGACCCCGGGGGGAAGGAGGAGGAGGCGGCAGGGGGGGAUCGGCUCAGUGAAUGAAUGGGCGGCAGCGGCGGUAGCUCCCCUGCUCAAUGGCUGCUGGGCUGAUAGGCGCCAGCCCCGCAGCCGGUGCUUCCCUCGCUCUCUCGUGUUUUGUCUCAGGCUCGCCCCGCUCCGGGCUCUCCAGACAUGUUCAACCAGCAGCAGUUCCAGCAGCAGCUGCUGCAGCUCCAGCACCUCCUCCAGCAGCAGCAGCAGCACCAUCACCACCCCCCGGCGCAGCAGGGAGGCCGGGGUUUGCCACCACCACAGCAGCAACAGAUGCUGAGCUUACGGGCAACAAACCAACCAUCGCUGCUCAAUGCCAAUCCUAUGCUUCAGCGGGCCUUACUCAUGCAGCAGAUGCAAGGAAACCUGCGUGGAUUUAACAUGACAGCGCCAGCACUGCAGCAGUUUUUUCCUCAGGCUACAAGACAUUCCCUCCUGGGGCCACCACCUGUUGGGGUCUCCUUAAAGCCCACAAGGAUGGGCUUUCCCAGCCUGCCCUUCCAGCGGCAGAACCGGACAUUUCGCAAGGACUUCCAGAGGGUCCCUGACAGGAAGCGGGAACUAGAUCCUGGUUCUUCCUCUCAGACACAAGGUGAUGAGAAAAUGGAGAUGGCAGAGGGAGUGCAAGCAGGGUCAGAGCGGAACAACUCCUCACCAUCCACAGAACUAAGAACUCCAACAGAGUCUGUGUUGAACACUGAGCCUGCAGCAAAAAGACUGAAGAGUGUGACCAAGUCAUCUGCGUUUGAGGAUGCCACAGACAGCAAGGAUGUGGGAGAGUCAAGCACCCAUCUCCAAGCUGAUGGUACAGACAACGCAAAGGAGUACACAGCUGAAGAUCUUUCUAAAGAGAGGAAAUUCUCUGAGGAACCAAAGGCUCCUGAGGUGUUGAGCUCUGGAGGUUCGCUGAAAGUGACUAUCCAGCAGAGCAGCGAGAGCAGAGCCAUUAGUACAACAGCUCUGAAACCAGGGCACUGGGCCUGCGAGGUGGGCACAGCCGAUCCCAGCCCCGAACCAGCCCUGAAAUUCUACUGUUAUAUCUGCAAGACCAACUGCUGCAGUCAGCAGAAUUUCCAAUCCCACAUGGCUGGAAUUCAGCACCAGCAGCGACUUGGGGAGAUUCAGCACAUGAGCAAUGUUUGUUUUGUUUCAUUAUUGCCCAUGGUGAAGGAGCAGAAGGUGCUAGUGGAAAAAGAUGGAGAGACCCAGCAGCGAUGGUGUAACACUUGUCAGAUACACUUCACAGGAGAUCUGAUCAAACAUCGCAGGACCCAAGAACACAAGCUGGCCAAACGCUCGCUUCGUCCUUUCUGCACUAUCUGCAGCCGCCACUUCAAGACCCCUCGCAAGUUUGUGGAGCAUAUGAAGUCCCCUGAGCACAAACAGAAAGCCAAAGAGAUGAGGCUAGGAGAGAAGGAGGUGGGCAGCCCAGAAGAUUCAGAGGAAUUGAUCACAGUGGAUGCUGUUGGCUGUUUUGAAGAUGAUGAUGAUGAAGAGGAGGAGGAGGAGGGGGGAGCUGGUGAGGAGGAAGACCUUGACGUAGUGCUGGUUGAGAAUGAGGAUUCUGCUGCCAAGCAGACUGGGCUGAAGGAAGUGUCUUUGGAGGAUUACGAAGGAAGCGAGAAGUAUUGUCCAGACACAGCCUACGGCCUGGAUUUUCUGGUCCCCGUCGCAGGUUACCUCUGCAGGCUGUGUCACAAAUUCUACCAUAGCGACUCUGCUGCCCGGCUCGCACACUGCAAGUCCCUGAUGCAUUUUGAGAACUUUCAGAGAUACAAGGCAGCGAGGCAUCGUGCCACAGCUGCCUACCCCGAAGCUCCUUUGCAUUCCCAGGGCUCCAGCUCCCAAUUGCUGGAUGAUCCAAAACAGCUUCCCCCUACAACAGCAACUACCAGCAGGAAGAUGAAUGACGGGAUAGACAAGGAGGGUACAGAGCUGUCAGCCCUGCCAGAACAAGCUUUGAGGUCUCCAGAGGGUAAGGGUGAGCUGGGCACCUCUGUAGCAGAGGCCAAAAGCCUAGCCAGUGUGACUGACGAUGGAUGUGGAAUCAUGGUUGUAGAAGAAGAAAAUCUACCAGAAGAGAGCAAGUCCAGAGCUACUGGGGCCGACCACCCGCUCCCCGAGGAGAGCCACAUGGCGGGGGAGCUGCUGGGACACGCUGGGUGUGAGGAGGAGGAAGCUGAUGCAGCCAGGCAAAGGGAAGGGAGAGGAGGGGGUUUAGCACAGAGUGAGGCAGUGAACCUGGGCCAGGAGGCACCAGCAGAGCCUUUCUCCCUCGGCAAAGGUGAGGCAGCCGCUCUGACCUCUGCUGGGUCCAGACGCUCCUCCAGGCGCAAACCCAGAUAGAGUGGCCUUAAAGGGAGAGCCCUUUACAUAUGAUAUUUGCUGGAAAUGUUUAUUUUCUGAGUCUUUUAAUAGAGCAAAAACCUUCAACUUUACUGCUGUUUUUAUUUUAAGAAUAAAAUAAGCCUGGCUUUAGCGUGUCUAAUA